AUGAAGUGGUUCUGUCGAAUAGGACGAAGUUCAGAUGGUGGAAGUCCUUGGUUAGGUUUAUCACAAAUUGAUAAUACUCGAUUUGAUAAUGAUCAAUCAACAUGUGAAUUACUUCAGAAUACAAUUGAACAAGAAAAAUCAGGACAUAUACAAAUUAGAAGACGACGUGAUUAUCAUAGUUAUGAUAGUUCAACUCAAUGCAGAAAUAAACGUAAACAAAAAAUGUGGUUUCAGAAGUUAUGUGGCUGUGUUCGAGCAUCAAGAUCUCAUUGA